AUGCUCAAGAACAUCUUUCUCAAAAUCUAUUCAUCCAAACUCGAACCCACCAAACAAACACAAUUUUUAAAACUUCUUCUUAACCCCAAAAACAAAGAUGAUUACCAUGAAGGAUGUGUUGCUUUGUAUUCCAUCAUGACUUCCGAACAAGGAUAUACUUCAUUCUUUGAAUUUAUUCAAAACUACAUCAAGAAUAUGGUGAGCUCGAAUUCUCCUCGUUCACCAACCUCCUCUGAUAAUGAUGGAGGUGGUAGUGGCAGUGGUUCUAAUAGUAACAGUGGACGAGUUUCACAUCGAACAGCAACUUCAACAUUUCCUAUUGUGAGAAAACGAUUUCAACAAUUAUCCAUCAGUGAAUAUACAUUUGUGGCCAUGAUGAAUGAUUUGAGACCAAAUUCAGUCAUGGCUACUACUCCCACUACUACCACUAGUAAUAGUGUGAAUCAUCAUGCAAUAAUAUCAUCGCCACCCAUUCCACAACAAUCUUUUAAUCAGAGUCAUCAGAAUGGUGGUAUUCUUCAUCAAGUGAUGAAUCACCAUAAUAAUUCCAUCACUUCAUCCACCCUACUAAAAUCCACACCAUCCACACAACAACAACAACAACAAUAUUCAACAGGUUCCAACAUUCAUCGUGACUCAUCAACAUUGAAUAAUGUCUCUCCCCAUCAUCAUGUCACACCUCCAAAUGGCGCUCCGACAAGUCAUCCAGUCACCACCACCACCACUAUCACAACAACAGCAAUACCAAAUGGAGUACAUUCAUUAUCCUCGUCAAUGACAACCACAUCAACAACACCUUUGACAUCAUCCAACCUUCAUCAUCAUCACCACAACAACAACAAUGGCAUGAUUAAUCACCACCAACCUUCCACUUCCACUGGUAAUGAUGUCCUUGACAUGACAAGUGGCAACAGUGAUCUCGAAAAUGAUGAUGACUAUUACAUUUUGUCAUUUGAUGAAUAUCAAUUAUUAGAUUUAUUUGACAUUUUAGAUGUGAAAGGAAAAGGAACCAUUACCGUUGAGAGUGUUUAUAUGUUUUUAUGCUUGUUUGUGUGUCGAGAAGGAAAAUUAUUAACAAAAUUUUUAUAUCAAUUUGGUGGAUUUGUUUAUGAUGUGUUUUGUGGUGGAGAUAGCCAAAUGCAACAAAUCGAAGAUUCUCAAUUUCAAACCUAUCAUCAUAACCACUCGAGUCCCAAUAAGUCUGGAAUUAGAGGUUCUCUUUUAUCCUCCAAUUCGAAUCACAACACUUCAUCCAACAGUAUUUUAUCAACAGAUCAAAAGUUGAAUGGAUCUCAUUCAAAUCUCUUAGAAGGCAUGUCAGAAGAGGAGGAAUCCGAUUAUUAUAAUGAUUUUGAGCAAUGGUCACAACAUGAAGAUCUUGAUUUAGGUUAUUAUUCAAACAAGAGAAAUGAUUUUUUAAAACUUGCCAUGUUGAUCGGCUUUGAUGACAUGUCCAUUGUGAAUCAUGUGAACGAAUUACAAAAUUUGAUUUUAAAGAAUCGAGCUCAAAAAUCAAAACAGAUCAAUAUUGUUCCAUCUCUGAAGAGAGAGGACUUUAUGUUCAUUUACUACUCAGUAUUCAAAGAAUUUGACAAUCCAAACACACGAAGUUCUAGCUCUUCAUCAGGCAAUGGAGUCAUUAAGCGAAAGAAGAGAAAUCUCAAGAAAAUUCCUCAAAAUAAUUAA